GUUUUAGAGUCCCUCAACCAGGUGCCCUUAAUGCUGAGUCUCGAGCUUCAUGAGCACGCAAGUAGACCGACCGGUGGGCCGAGCCGCCGUAUAGCUGGCUGACCAAAGGCUUGUCGGAUGACAUCGAGCUGCUUGCCCCGGCUCUUCCUUUUUCAACUUUGCCUGUUUGAUUGCCUUUUUCUGUUUUUCCUCCCGGUAGAUCCGCUGUCUCGUUCAAGCACCAACUACAAACUACUGCUUUCUUUGUCGCGCCGUCUGCCGUACAUGUCUCUCUUCCUCCCUCCUCCUCUCAGAUAUGUACCCACGGUCCUUGUCCUGUUCAUGCUUCUUCACCGUUUGAUUUCCUUGUGUUUGAACACCCUGAAUACGUCCACAGGAACACGACUUACUCCAUGUAAAACUUAAAUAUAGCCCCAUGAAUGAAAAACAAUAAAAGGAGACUGCACACUGAUCACGAAA